AUGAACCUGAAUGCUUUGUUCCAGCAAAUCGAGUUCAUGCAGAAGCAGGCAAGGGAGAAGAGGAACUUCAUCCAACAAGCUAAAUGCGACAUAAAUAGAAGUUACGAAAAAAUUAACCAAACAAAAGAAGAGCUGAGCACUGCAAAAAUUAACUUAGAAACCAAGGUUCAGCAUCUCUCUGUAAAGCAGUUCCACUUAGAAAUUCUGAAGAAACGUGAAGACAGCUUAGAAAAACAAAAAGCUGAACUUAUUAAUCAAAGAACCAAUCUUCUUAAAAUUUUGGAAGAUGCAAAGAGAAAAAUUACUGAAGAGGAAGAUAAUUUUACCAGAGAAGUAACCGAGUUUAACAAUGAAUAUGGACUAACAAGUAGUAGAGAUCUUCUUAUUAAAAAAAAAGUCAAGACUGAAAUAAAUGAUUUAGACAAUGAGGCAACUCUGUUGAAAAAUGAAAUGGAGUCAAUGGAACAUAAAAAUGUUCAGUUAAAUGCACUCCAGCUGCAGAAGAAUGAAUUAAAGCAGGAUUUAUUUACUCUCCAAAGUGAGCUCAAAGACCUUGAGAAAGUAAUCAGGGAAGCUGAAAGAAAGACAAAAGCCUUAGAAGCAGAAAAAGUCCAAGUCACUGAAAAACCUCAGACUGAUCCUGAAUGUUUACGACUUAAGAAAGAGCUGGAAAACUGCAAAGAUAAUAGUUGGGAAAGUGUCUGUGAGACUCUUCAGACAGAAAUUGAAAUUCUGCAAAUGAAUUUAUCACAAAAGAAGUCUUCAGGGAAGUGA